AUGGGAUUCUGCAGGAUUCGAGGAGUUGGUGAGUGCGUGGUGCUUGCUGUUCUGUUUUACUCGGUUCAGUCUACGACCACGAGGUACUACACGUAUGAAGAGGAUGCGCCCGGGACAGAGAUUGGAAAUCUGUCUCAGGAUUUAAAGAUAGACCCAGCUGAGGACACUCAAACAUCUUUCCGAUUCAUGCAGGAGACCACUUCGUGUGUGAUUCAAAUGAGGGAGACUGAUGGACUUUUAACUGUUGGGGAAACGAUUGACCGGGAGCAGCUGUGCCCGAGGUCCCCGCGGUGUUUUGUCACCUUCGACAUAGUUGCCUUCUCCAAAGAAAAGUUUCAGCUGAUUCACGUAGAGAUCGAGGUAAGGGACAUUAACGACAAUUCACCUCAGUUUCUCCACAACGAGACGACCCUUGAGAUAUCCGAGAAUGUUCAGGUGGACUCCCGAUUCCCGUUGGACAUCGCUGUUGACCAUGAUGUCGGCAAUAACUACAUCCAAAGUUACCAUAUCUCUCCCUCCAGCCAUUUCAUAGUGGAUGUGCGCAGCAGGGAGGAUGGAGUGAAGUAUGCUGAACUUGUGCUUGUGAAAGCAAUGGACAGAGAGGCUGAAGAUUCCUAUACAAUUGAAGUGACGGCAACAGAUGGUGGAGAGCCCCCCAGGUCCGGAUCAAUGACUGUUCAUAUCAAAGUGCUGGAUUUUAAUGACAACAGCCCAACGUUUGAGCACAACUCACUUAAAGUUGAACUUUCCGAGGAUUCUCCUGUAGGUUACCAAGUGCUUAAAGUGCAUGCGUUUGACCCAGAUGCUGGCAUCAAUGGCGAGGUAGUGUAUGGAUUUGUAGAAGACACAUCAUCUGAAGCAAUGCGUAUUUUUAAUAUAGACCGAAUUUCCGGUGCUGUAACUUUAAAAACAUUGGUUGAUUACGAGAAGAAGAGAUCCUAUGAACUAAACAUUAAAGCAUCCGAUUUAGGCACUAAUUCUAUUCCAUCGACUUGCAAAGUGGUUGUUGAUGUGGUAGAUGUAAAUGAUAAUGCACCAGAAAUCACCAUCAAGCCAAAAACCUCGACGAGUGACGAUGUAGCUUACAUCACGGAGGCCGCAGCGGAGGAAAGCUUUGUGGCGCUGAUCAGCACCUCGGACAGCGACUCUGGCUCGAACGGUUAUGUGCGCAGCAGCCUACACGGUCACGACCAUUUCAAGUUGCAACAGGCCUACGGGGACACUUUCAUGAUUGUAACAACCACCACUUUAGAUAGAGAAAAGAUCCCGGAGUAUAACCUCACUGUAAUGGCUGAAGACCUUGGAACUCCUCCUUUCAAAACCUUCAAGCAGUAUACCAUCAGAGUGACCGACGAGAACGACAACACCCCUCUCUUCAGCAAAUCCAUUUAUGAAGUUUCAGUCCUGGAAAAUAAUUUCCCCGGGUCCUAUAUUACUACUGUUGUAGCACGUGACCUUGAUCUCGGUAAAAACGCCAAAGUGUCCUAUAAGCUCAUAGACUCAGAGGUUGUCGGGGAUGCUUCCAUUUCGACUUAUGUGUCUUUAGACCCAGUGUCAGGGUCAUUGUAUAGCCUAAGAUCUUUCGAUUUUGAAACGCUCCAGCAGAUUGAGUUAACCAUCCAGGCUGAGGACAAGGGCUCACCUCAGCUGUCAAGCACAUCCGUGAUCAGAAUCAAAGUGGUGGAUCAAAACGACAACUAUCCCUAUUUUACCUUCCCCGUUAUGCUGAAUGACUCUGUUGAAAUUCCCCUUCCUGUCAAUGCACCAGUGGGGUACCUGGCCCUACGGGUCAAAGGUCAGGAUGAGGAUGAGGGUAUGAAUGGUGAGCUCAGCUACAGAAUCGUACAAGGUGACUCUAAGAUAUUUUCAAUCAAUAAAGACACUGGAGAAAUAGCUGUAAAACAGGGUCUGGCCUCUGCUAUUGGAGACGUGUUGGAAAUCAAGAUUGCAUUGAGUGACAAUGGGAGAUCCCCUCUCUCCAGCUUUGCCACCAUUCGCUUUGUUGUCACAGACUUACAGCUCUCAGACGACCAACUUGUCAUUGCAUUACAGUCGAGUGAUGAGGAAAGCACAGGCUUGGACGUUUCAGUAGUAGUAAUCAUUAUACUAGGCGGGGGUUGUACUCUGCUGCUGAUUGCCAUAGCGAUUGUUGUUAUCACAUGCAAGCUGAACCGAGGAGGGAAGGAUCAUGACUCCAAGAGAGACGUGACUCACAGCCUGUUUGGCUCCAGGCGUCAUCCCAGGCUCAACUCUGCAGAACCCAACAUAUAUGGUGGUCCAAGAGGUUUCCUCAAUGAAAGGACCCCUUCAUCUCUUGAUGAGUCCAGCCUGUAUGAAGAGAAAAGUGGCGGGUUGGAGUCCCAGGUGGGUGAAUUAUUUGAUUCGGUUUCAAUAUGUGUUUAUAUACAACUGUACACAUUAAAGUGUUGUACUGUUCCUGAUCCAUGUAGCUGAAAUUAAUUCCCAUCCUGUUCUCUUGUGUUUGCCCUUUAGAUGUUCCUGCCUCCCAAGCCUUUCCAACCAUCAUCUGUGUGGCAAGGGGACAAAUACUGCCCGCAAAUGAGGUAAGAAUACCACAUCAUUGAUCAUAUUUGGCAUGACGUGCUCUUUUAUCGCAAUUAUUGUUUUUCCCCCAAUAAUUAUUUACAUAACCAGUCACUGGAAGGUACUUAACAUUACCUAUGCAUACUUCAUGCUCAUGUUCAUAAGAGAGGGGGGGUGGGGUGGGGGGGUAGCAUGCUCAUAAGAGAGAGGGGGUGGGGUGGGGGGGGUAGCAUGCUCAUAAGAGAGAGGGGGGGGGGUGGGGCGGGGGGGUAGCAUGCUCAUAAGAGAGAGGGGGUGGGGUGGGGGGGUAGCAUGCUCAUAAGAGAGAGGGGGUGGGGUGGGGGGGUAGCAUGCUCAUAAGAGAGAGGGGGUGGGGUGGGGGGGUAGCAUGCUCAUAAGAGAGAGGGGGUGGGGUGGGGUGGGGGGGUAGCAUGCUCAUAAGAGAGAGGGGGUGGGGUGGGGGGGGUAGCAUGCUCAUAAGAGAGAGGGGGUGGGGUGAAGGGGUAGCAUGCUCAUAAGAGAGAGGGGGUGGGGUGGGGGGGUAGCAUGCUCAUAAGAGAGAGGGGGGUGGGGUGGGGUGGGGGGGGUAGCAUGCUCAUAAGAGAGAGGGCAGAAUCAAAGCAACCAUCAGUAGUCAGACACAGUAGUGCAGUGGCUAAUAUGUUUGAUUCUAUUAGCCGUGGCUAAUAUGUUUGAUUCUAUUAGCCGUGGCUAAUAUGUUUGAUUCUAUUAGCAGUGGCUAAUAUGUUUGAUUCUAUUAGCCGUGGCUAAUAUGUUUGAUUCUAUUAGCAGUGGCUAAUAUGUUUGAUUCUAUUAGCCGUGGCUAAUAUGUUUGAUUCUAUUAGCAGUGGCUAAUAUGUUUGAUUCUGUUAGCAGUGGCUAAUAUGUUUGAUUCUAUUAGCAGUGGCUAAUAUGUUUGAUUCUAUUAGCAGUGGCUAUUAUGUUUGAUUCUGUUAGCAGUGAGUGGCUAAUAUGUUUGAUUCUAUUAGCAGUGGGUAAUAUGUUUGAUUCUAUUAGCAGUGGCUAAUAUGUUUGAUUCUAUUAGCAGUGGCUAAUAUGUUUGAUUCUGUUAGCAGUGGCUAAUAUGUUUGAUUCUGUUAGCAGUGAGUGGCUAAUAUGUUUGAUUCUAUUAGCCGUGGCUAAUAUGUUUGAUUCUGUUAGCAGUGAGUGGCUAAUAUGUUUGAUUCUAUUAGCAGUGGCUAAUAUGUUUGAUUCUAUUAGCAGUGGCUAAUAUGUUUGAUUCUGUUAGCAGUGAGUGGCUAAUAUGUUUGAUUCUAUUAGCCGUGGCUAAUAUGUUUGAUUCUGUUAGCAGUGAGUGGCUAAUAUGUUUGAUUCUAUUAGCAGUGGCUAAUAUGUUUGAUUCUAUUAGCAGUGGCUAAUAUGUUUGAUUCUAUUAGCAGUGGCUAAUAUGUUUGAUUCUAUUAGCCGUGGCUAAUAUGUUUGAUUCUAUUAGCAGUGGCUAAUAUGUUUGAUUCUAUUAGCCGUGGCUAAUAUGUUUGAUUCUAUUAGCAGUGGAUAAUAUGUUUGAUUCUAUUAGCCGUGGCUAAUAUGUUUGAUUCUAUUAGCAGUGGCUAAUAUGUUUGAUUCUAUUAGCCGUGGCUAAUAUGUUUGAUUCUAUUAGCAGUGGCUAAUAUGUUUGAUUCUAUUAGCCGUGGCUAAUAUGUUUGAUUCUAUUAGCAGUGGCUAAUAUGUUUGAUUCUAUUAGCAGUGGCUAAUAUGUUUGAUUCUAUUAGCAGUGGCUAAUAUGUUUGAUUCUGUUAGCAGUGAGUGGCUAAUAUGUUUGAUUCUAUUAGCAGUGGCUAAUAUGUUUGAUUCUAUUAGCAGUGGCUAAUAUGUUUGAUUCUAUUAGCAGUGGCUAAUAUGUUUGAUUCUAUUAGCCGUGGCUAAUAUGUUUGAUUCUGUUAGCAGUGAGUGGCUAAUAUGUUUGAUUCUAUUAGCAGUGGCUAAUAUGUUUGAUUCUGUUAGCAGUGGCUAAUAUGUUUGAUUCUAUUAGCAGUGGCAUUGACCAGCAGAGCGUGAAGGACAGUGGAAAAGGAGACAGUGACUUCAAUGACAGUGACUCUGACAUCAGUGGGGAUGGAGGCAAGAGGAACCUCCGCACCUUCCAGCCCUGGGCCAAAAGUGAGUUUACUACGUCACAAUUUAAUACUGCAAUUUUACAGUUCCUUGUAACAGAAUGAUGAAGAUAACAGUUGGCAUUUUUAUAGCACUAUAUAGCACUGAAACUGCAGCGGAUCACACUGUGUCGGGAUAACUCGCCCCUUCCACCAACACAGUGUAGAACCCACCUGGCUAUGUAACCCAGCAACCACGAAUGACUCUCAGGCACUUUGAUUCUUUACUCCUUGGGCUUGGAAAGUAAAUCUGUAUGCGUGUGUGUGUUCUAUUUCAGGCUCAUUCCACGCCGCUAACACCCUCGCUGUUGAUUGCCAAGGCACUUACUGUGUAAUACCAACCCAAAGCUUCCAGGCUCCCAGAGACAAUGCAUACACAAUAGGUUUUACCCAAGCGCCGGUCUACAACAAUCCACAUGCCUAUCGCCACUCCUGGAAAGACUCCAGCUACAACACAAGUGUUCCCAAAGCAAGAAACACCAUGCAGACAUUCUGUCAUCCCACAAGCACCCUCCUGUCUUACUUCACAAAGACACAAUCUCCUGCUGGACUUGAUGAAAUUCAGGAGCACAACCAAGAUAUUACUACAGUGGCAACCAUAUCUGAAGUUGCUACCAUUUUUUAAAACAACCUGCC